CAGCGGCAAUCCAUCGCCCGAUUUGUGCGUCAAGCGCAAACCCAUUCUGACUACCGUAUUGACACUCAGUGCUAAAAUGCAGUCUACGAACGCAAAUUCUCCUUCUCCCACUGUCGAAUAGCACAAACGUACGAUUCCGUCCCUAAACUGUGAGAACCAUGGUACUCGUCAAGGUUACCAUUAUUGGCAUACCAAGGUGAAAAUUUAGUGCUCACUCAACCUGCCGAAGAGUUUGAUCUUGCUUCUCAUCUUCUCGAACUCUCCUGAUCGCACGAGACAUCGCCACCAUCCUCGAUCUUGUCUGGAAUACACGAACAAUGUCGACGACACAUUCAUGGGCAGACAGCCCAUGGCGCAAUCCCGCAAUCGUUUUCGACCAGCUGCCAGAAUCGCUGAUCCUCGAAGACCUAGAACGAUCAUGGGACUUCCAGAGAGAGGCCCACUUCCGCUGGUUGCAGAAAGUAAUCUGGACCACGAAUGACUCCUAUCGAGUUGUCCUUCGUGACGUUGAAGGCAUAGUAGGCGGCGACAUAGCCAAACAACUGUGUAAUAAACCUACAACAUUCUAUUGGCUUCAGUCUGCGCAAACAGGUGCUCCUGAUGCCCCUGAGAAGUUGUGCAUGUCUGGUGGUGUUUUUGCAGCUAUAUAUGAAGAGUGGCAUCGAAGCUCUGUUCACCCGAAUAUCGAAUUUGGCCAUUUCUUUGCAGCGCCUGUUCGAGUUGCAGGGACAGGUCCAACAAGCCUACCAGAGAUCUUGAAGGCACAUUCAUCACUCUGUGCCCAGGCACAGCACAUCUCAAUGGAUAUGGAUAACUAUUUGGUGCAUCCUCUUCUCUCAGCUGUUAUCCUGGUAUGCGAUCGGGUUGAAAAAGUUGGAUGUGGACCAGAUGGCUUCGUCAGUCUUCGCGAAGUAGCGAGUACGCAGACUGUGCUGGCCAUUGCUACCGGCACAAAUCCAACCAGCACCGGUGUCCAAGUUACUCUGGAUCGUCUCAAACCAUUCGCUCUGCCCAUCGACAGAUCCGAUACCACGGGCCUUGAUGUCCUUCGAGUACCCCUAGAUGUCGCUAUCAAUUUUGUCACCGAGUUGGAGAGUAAGAUCGACGAACAGAAGGAACCCAGCGGUCGAACUCUAGACACGAGUCUCUGUCUUCAUGACGUACCAGACGGGUACAAUCGUGACAUCAGGUAUGAUAGAAGCAUAUGGGCUCAAACGAUGCGAGCAGAGGCAAUGAAGAUUGGGUUCAAAAAGCUGUGGGAUACAAAAUUCGCUGCCGUACGCGUUCACGCACACCUUUCUGGACAAACUUCAGACUGCGAACUGGAACACGUGCCCUUUAGUCAGAGGUGGAAACCCUGAACGCACAUGCGUUCUUGGUUAAAAUUGGUUCGGUGGCCGUGGCGGAACAGCUGUGAAGUUCUGAACUGUAAGAACAUCUACUGCAUCUAUGAUGGGAGUAGCCAAAAAUCGUGUUCCACCUUUUCAUGACUUCGUUGCUUUGCAGGGGUAAGUUGUCAAUGUUGGCUUUCGAAAGCUGCAUGUGUUAUGCUACAAACUAAUUAGGAAAGAGAGUAGCAGGCAAGUAUAGAGCACUGGCAAUCAACAUUAGGAGCCAGGAUGGGUAGGAUACCUCGUUAGUCAGCGUCCUGCACACAGCUUUGCAUCGAGGUUCUGUGUAGCCAACACUAGAUAUUUACCUAACACAUCGGCCGACUCAGUAAUACCCAGUUCCAUGUACUGUUGUGUCAAAGUGCGCCAAUAAUAGAGUACAGAUCGCUUCCAAC